AUGGCUCCAAGGCACCUCCGCUCACUCUCUCGCAGACUCUAUCUUACUUUCCUCCUGCUCUCCGUCUUCUCCGCCGCGUCUUCCGCUGCUGAAGUCUUUGGAGAGCCUCCCGCAAACGCCCCCGUCCCGUCUCCUGACGACGAGAUAAUUCCGGAUAUCCCCGGUAUAGACUACUCCGUUAAUAUCACGCUACCAGUCGUUUCAUGCACAUCAGGUGAUCCCGUUGGACCCCCCAUCUGUUUUCGCCAAGGCCUUUCGCCGCACCCGGUCCCGAUCCCUUGUGGCGAAAAGCCGUCCCGAACGGCCGCGCCGCAAAGGUCGUCGCACACCGCGUCGCAAGCCACGCCGCUCGCCAGCGUGCGAGUCGCAUCGAGCGGCGGUAACUCUAGUCGGCCUUUAGCGGGCUCCACACCGAACCUGACUCCCGCUACUGAGCUCUUCGAUACAUGCAUCGGACAAGGCCCCGCGUCAGUGACUCUGAACCCGCGGUGGCGGGACAAGUGGAAAGGCUGGCACGUCCCUCUGCCCCGCAUCAGUGACUCUGAACCCACGGUGGCGGAACAAGUGGCAAGGCUGGGGCACCUCCCUCUGCUGGUAAGCCGCUCCCCACUUCCCCAAAAGCCCCACUUCCCCUCCUCCCCUCUUCCGCCUUCCGUAAUUCCCCACCUUUCCUCUAACCCCCCACUCCUUUGUUAA